GAGAUUCGCCUGCGCAACGGUGACGUGAGAAUGCAUCUCCGCGAACCGCCUGUAAUUUCCAUCAUUGAAUCCAUGGUGCAUCAAAGUCCGGCUAUCCUGUAGGACCCUAGAAGGCGUGCCAAUGAUAUGGACCACGGCUGCGCGUUCAGCAUACGCCCCGGCGAUAGCAUUGAUGGCCGAGAGUUCGCCAACGCCGGAUGUCGUGAUGAGGGCCCCGACGCCCUUGAUACGAGCAUAUCCAUCGGCGGCGUAUCCUGCAUUCAGCUCGUUGGCGUUGCCGACCCAGAGCAGCCCUGCGGGUUCAACAUAGUCGAGCAGUGAGAGGUUGAAAUCUCCCGGAACACCGUGUAUGGCACCUAUGCCAAGCUGGUGUAAGCGAGUGAAGAGAUACUCCGCAAGCUUGACAGUCGGAGGUUUGCUAUCGCGGUCUUGAGUCAUGUUGAGUGCGAUUUGGGGGCCAGUCGUAAGGUCUAUGAAG